UGAUUGGUUGGCCGCUGGUUGGCAUCCUGACCCGGCAAGGUCCCUCAUGGUGGCCUGUGUGACUGAAUGUGGCUCCUGGCUCAGGCGUGGAGGCGUCUGCCGGGGUUACACAUCAUGUCUGCCGAGACCCGAGCACUCUCCGCCCGGAAAGCCAAGCCUCCCCGGGACACCCUGCGGCACAUCAAGAACCGGGAGAAGCGGCGGGGGGCGGAGCAGCACGGACCGGCCACAGUCUACCUGCAGGUGGUGGGAGCCGGGAGCCGGGACUCGGGGGCUGCAGUCUACAUGUUCUCAGAGUACAACAGAUACCUGUUUAAUUGCGGAGAGGGUACACAGAGGCUGAUGCAAGAGCACAAGCUGAAGGUGGCACGCCUGGAUCAAAUCUUUGUGACCCGCAUGAAUUGGGCGAAUGUUGGAGGUUUAUCAGGCUUGAUUCUGACACUAAGAGACACGGGGCUCCCAAAGUGUGAUCUCUCUGGACCACCUCAAUUGCAAAAUUUCCUUGAAGCCAUCAAAGUGUUCUCGGGAUCUUUGCAAGGAAUUGACCUUGCUGUGCGUCCUUUUACUGAACCCGAAUACCAGGAUGACACGAUGAUGGUCUACCAGGUGCCAAUCAUAAGUAGCAAGGCUAUGGACGCCAACUCCGCUGGUGGUGUGAAUCCUCAAAGGUCUUCAGGCAGAGAGAGUCCGAAACAGAAGUUGCACAGCGCACAAAAGGGCAGUGGUCUACCGACUGGCAAAUCUUCUCCAACACCUGGGCGCUGGGAGCGGAUAGUAACAAGAGAUUCUUCCUUAGUUGUUUCCUUUAUAUGUAAGCUCCAUGACAAAAAGGGAAAUUUCAUGGUGUUGAAAGCCAAAGAAUUUGGGCUUCCUGUAGGGACACCUGCUAUUGGUCCUAUAAUUGCUCAGCUCAAAGCUGGAAAAAGUAUCAACUUUGAAGGCAAAGAGAUCUGUCCUGGAGAUGUCUGCACUCCGGCGGAGCCAGGCCCAGUUUUUAUGGUGGUGGAAUGUCCAAGCGAAGACUUCAUUACUCCAAUCACUGAGAAUGAAACUUUUAGAAGUUAUCAAGAAGGCAAAUCCAAUAAUAGUGUUGUAUUGGUGAUUCACAUUACGCCCGAGCCCAUCCUUCACAACAGCAGCUACAGGCAAUGGAUGGACAGAUUUGGGCCCCAGACAGAGCACCUGAUCCUAAACGAGAAGAGCAGCACGGUCCAUAACCUGCGUAGUUACAAGACUCAGGCCCAGCUAAACCUUGUCCAUUCUGCCAUCUUCCCCCAGCUGACUCCUUUUCAGAGAGAGGAAGAGGAGGCAGAUUUCUUUGGUGUGAGAGGAGAGUGCCUUCUCAAGUAUCAGCUGAGGCCCAAACUGGAGUGGCAGAGAGACGCGGUGAUUGAGAACAACAGUGCAGAGUUUGUUAAAGAGGCCAUGGAUCUUCCUGGCUUUGAGGAAGCACUGAAAGAGUGUAAACAGCUCCUGGCAUCUUACUCUGUGCCUUCAAAUGAGAAUGAUCCGUGUUAUCCAGAAGUUGUGUUCCUUGGAACAGGAUCUGCUGUGCCAAUGAAAACCCGCAAUGUAAGCUCCACCCUAGUAAAUGUCAGUCCCUCUCAGUCAUUACUGCUAGACUGUGGUGAGGGAACGUUUGGACAGCUUCACCGUCACUACGGAGACAAGGUCAAUGACGUCUUGAGCCAGAUAUCCGCAGUGUUCAUUUCACAUAUACACGCCGAUCACCACACGGGCUUACUAAACAUCCUUCUAGAAAGAGAGAAGGCUUGUAUAUCCAAAGGGAAGUCGGUCAGUCCCGUGCUAGUCAUCGGACCUACGCUGCUAAUGACCUGGUUAAACCAAUACCAUGAUCACUGCCAGGAGAUCCUUCAUCAUAUCAACCUAAUUCCCGCUAAGAAUCUGAUGGAAGCCUCCGAGGACCUUGGCCCAAAGUCUAAAGGUUUCAUCACUUCCCUUUUGAAAACAUAUGAACUGGAAAAGUUCCAGACAUGUUUGGUCCGGCACUGCAGAAAUGCUUAUGGCUGCGCGAUACUUCAUAAGUCUGGUUGGAAGCUGGUCUUCUCUGGAGACACGAUGCCCUGUGAUAAUCUUGUUCAGAUAGGUAAAAAUGCUUCUUUGCUAAUCCACGAAGCAACUCUGGAAGAUGGCUUAGAGGAAGAAGCUAUAGAUAAAACCCACAGCACCACAUCCCAGGCGAUUGGCAUCGGAGUAAAGAUGAAUGCAGAGUUCAUCAUGUUGAAUCAUUUCAGCCAAAGAUAUGCAAAGCUCCCCUUGUUUAGCAGUGAUUUCAGUGACAAGGUCGGGAUAUCAUUUGAUCAUAUGAGGAUCCGCUUGAGCGACUUCCCAAUAAUCCCCAAACUGGUAAACCCUCUAAAAGUCCUGUUUGCUGAAGAACUUGAAGAGAUGGAGGAACGGAGGGAGAGGCGAGAACUUCGCAACCUGAAAGAGUUGCAGCAAGCAGAGGAUCAAAUGAAUGGCCCCCAAAUCCUUACCAGCGCCAAACGAGAGCUGGAAGAUAACUGUCAAGCCGUGGGAAUUAAGAAACUAAAAACCAGCUGAACACUCACUCAGAUACUUGAAUUCCAAAGAUUGUGUGUGCAAAAAGACUAUUCUUACUCAAUCUGCAUAAAAACACGGGUCCUUAAAGGAACACUUAAUACCAUAACUACUACAGUUUAUUGUAAUGGUUAUAGUACAAGUAGUCUUUGGGGUUUUUUUUGUUUGGGGUUUUUUUUUUUUUUGUCACAAAAAAGGUGUCCCUUUUGUC